CAUUUCUUCAGAGGGCGAGGCGGUAAUGUACUACAAUUCCCAUGAGCUCCUGCAUUGGGCGCGGGAACGCGGGUGCGCAUGCGCGUGACGUAUUAAAUUUCAGCCGGGAGAAUCAAAGUAACGAAAAGCAAAACAGUUCAUUGAUUCCGACAUUCGUGGACGAAGCCGACAUGCAGAGAAAUAGUCGCCUGAAACGUGAGCUGCAGAUGCUCAGUACCGAGCCACCGCCUGGAGUUUCCUGCUGGCAAGUGGACGAGAGAGUGGAGGAGCUGCAGGCCCAAAUUGUUGGUGGUGUCAAUACUCCAUAUGAUGGUGGCCUGUUUACACUGGAAAUAAAGAUCCCUGACAGGUAUCCAUUUGAACCCCCCAAAAUGCGCUUCCUGACUCCCAUCUACCAUCCCAACAUUGAUAACGCAGGCCGGAUUUGUCUUGAUGUAUUGAAAAUGCCACCGAAGGGAGCAUGGAGGCCCUCACUGAACAUCUCCACAGUGCUGAGCUCAGUACAGCUUCUGAUGGCGGAACCGAACCCAGACGACCCGUUAAUGGCAGAUAUCUCCUCAGAAUUGAAAUACAACAAAGCCGCAUAUUUGGAGAAAGCACAAAGAUGGACCGCGAAACAUGCAGUGCAAAAGAACGAGGGUUCUGUGGAAACAGAAAAGAACAUUCUUGAAGAUAGGAGCAAUAAAACUGCACUAAAGAGAGACACAUGUCCAGCACAAGAGAACCUGGAACCUGCAAAAAGACUCUGCACAUAGUAUGAGUUGUCCUAGUCCCUAUUUGUGUUUAUGUACGUUUUGUGUUUUUAUUUUUAUUUUAGUGUUAAUAAAAUCUUAAUAAAUAAUUUUACAAUUA